UGCUGCGUUUCUUCCAAAGCUUUUAAACAGCUACACGUCUCAUUUUCCUAUCUUGUUUCAGUUUCAUUUCCUCAGUGAUUUCCAGCUUUUAGUUUCCAACCCAGAGGCAGCUUCACAAGGUACUAGACUGCUGCAUCACUCUAUACAUUUUUGUUUCCUUUAACAUGGCAAACACACCAGAACAGCUAACUGCUUUGGCCGAUGAUUUAAGGAUCAAAUUUACCACCCAAUACACACCAGGCUCCACAUUGGCUUAUGGAUAUGCGCAUCAAUUCCAACGUAUUAUUCUGCAGCUUUACGGUUUAUUUGGCCAUGGUAAGACCUCUCUUAUAAACCUAUGUCUGAGCGUUGUGCGAAACAAACCAUAUGAGGACUUAGCAGGAUCAGGGUGGACUGAUGGCUUGGUGAUUAAAGAAAGACGAGAACACUGGCUUACCAAUACUGUAAUUAUUACCGAUAACAGAGGAUUUAUUAAAAUUGAUGACGAGGAAAUCACAGAAGCAUCUGCGCAACUUGCUUCUUUGCGGAUUUUGGAAGAGGGAGUGAUAUGGAACAGAAGCACGGAAGAAAAGUUGGACCUGAUGCUUGCCAAAUAUAAUACAUCUCCUACUGAUUUCAUUGUUCCUGUGAUUGUGCACAGAGGAACGACUAAUAUGUCUGAAGAACAUUCCAACAAUAUGAGGAAGUUUAUAUCGAGGGCCUUUGAUGUCACAAGUAUUUUCCCUAUUGUUCUGAUCAUGGAGGCGGGUGAAAGUUUGGACAAGAUCAGCAAUACGUUUUCAUUGCUUGGAGUGAGCCAUGUUUGUUCCCUUCAGAAUUUCAGCACAGAGAAACCUGAGCGAACCCCCGAAACCGACGCUGAAAUCAUGAACUUUCUGACUGUGUGUAUUAACGAGGCUGACAGAGGCCUACGAAAAAGACAGAGGCUAGGUAAGAUGACGGAAUACAAGAGGCAAGUUAAGGAACAAAUGAGGAUGGAGUUAGAAUUAGAGAGAGAGAGAGUGAGAAAACAGAUGAAGGGGCAAAAACACCACUGUAGUCACCGAGAUGAAGACACUGAAAACGGUUAAGUUACCAGAGUUCAGAAGUCUCUGUGAUUAGCCUCAAAACCAGACUCAAUGGCUCCUAAUUAGAUUUUAUCAUCCCCUUUUUUAUUUUGGUCAAGUGAAUAGUCUUUAGUUCCAUAUACUGUGACCAGUGAUAUAACUUACCGUCUUAUAAAGGAGACGCUAGGGAUUUGCUUUCGGGUGUUCAGCUCUUUUUUCAGAGCUAGAUUUCUUCUUGUGAAAGUCUGGAUUUGCACAGAUCUUCGUAGUUGCACUUUCACAAGCUGAAUGCUGCUGGCGGCAGCCAUAUUUGGCAUUCGUUUU